AAAGUUUUUUUUGUUCUUGUACAACACAAGUUUUGGAAAAGCGUGCGUUCGUGUGCGUGUGCGUCGCGCGCGUUGGCAGCGGUAAUAAUAACAACUACAACAACAACAAGAAUAACAACAGCAAAAAUAAAAAUCAACAACAUUUAUAGGCCCGAGUCGGAGCAGUUCGCGCCACUUUGAAGAGAUCCAUGCAAAAUGUCUAGUCCUGACGAUAGAAUACCAAUACGUGAUCUGCCGCCCGAAGCCGGAAACGAUGAGCGAUUGUUGCACAUUACGCCGGGCGUCAUAUCGCUGGACUUUAAGCCGCGUCAAGUUGACAUUGAUCAGCAGAUCCUAGAGUUGAAGAAAAGCCAGGAGCUGCAGAAGCAGCGACUUUUCCACUCGUAUCAGGAGCAGACGAAACAAAUGGAACUGGAGCAUAAAAUGCAAUUGGAGCACAAAUAUCAUUUUGCGGUGCAUUCACAUGGCGCUUUCCAGGAAUUGCGGGAGCAGAGCAUGGUUACGGCGGCGGAGGAGCAGCAUCGCCAGCAACAACAACAACAACAACACCAACACCAACAACAACAACAUCAGCAACAACAACAACAACAGCAGCAGCAGCGGGAGCGAAGGGAACGGGAGGUGAUGAAGCGCAAGGAGAAUUGCAGCGCGAAUGCGAGUCCCGAAGUCAAACAGAUACUCAGUUGCUUUCUCAUGAGCCGCAAGUCGCAGGCGGUGGCACCGAAUGGCACAACAACAACCUCGCCCUAUCGCAAUCGCGGCGUGGUGAAGAGCUCCUCGGGCGAAUCCCUGCCCGCGGGCACCGUUACCAGCGCACAUCCCUAUAAAAUACCACAGCCGCCGGCCUCACUGCUCAAAUAUGAAUCUGAUUUCCCCUUGCGGAAAACGGCAUCGGAGCCAAAUCUGCUGAAGAUACGACUCAAGCAGAGCGUCAUCGAGCGCAAGGCGCGCAUCGGGGGGCCCGCGGGCGCGCGACGUCACGAGCGGCUGUUGCAAGCCGCCCAGCGAAGGCAUCAGAAGAACUCGGUUCUCACAAACUGCAACAGCACGCCGGAUUCUGGUCCCAAUUCGCCGCCCUCGUCGACUGGCAUGUCGGUGGGCGUGGUUGGCAGCCGGGGCUCACCGACCAGCGCGCCCAUCCAGGAGGAGAACGAGGAGGUAAAUCAAUACCAGCCCGGCCAGCGCAGCAGCAUCAACGAUCUGCCGCUGUUCAGUUCGCCCUCCCUGCCAAACAUAUCGCUGGGACGUCCGCAUUUAACCAACGCCCAGGCGGGCCAGGCCAACUAUGCCAUGUUCGCUGCACUGCGUCAGCAUGUGGCAGCUACGGGCGCUGGCGGUGUGCCUCCGGUGCCCGUUGGAGUUGGCGUCGGCGUGGGCGUGGCCGGCACACCGCCCACCUAUUAUAAUCCGCUGGCCAUGUCGUUUGGCAGGCAAGCGGCGCCGCCGCCACCGCCGCCGCUUUCCAUGAUGCCCGCCACGGGCAUUGCGCCGCAGCCGUCGCCAGUUGUGCGCUCCGCGUCGGCCACAUCGACGUCCUCGUCGCAGGCAUCGCUGGUGGGGGAUACGGCGCCGCCGCAGGCGCAUGCCGCCUCCACAAUUCUGCCCUCGUCCUCGUCCUAUAUGCAGCUGGGCGGCGUUUCUGGCGCCUCGGCUGUUAAUCUUCAUGCUGCCGCUGUUGCCGUUGCUGCCGCCGCUGCCGCUGCCGCUGGCGCCGGCACACUGCCGCCCACAAAUAGCCACGCCCAUGCGCUGUAUGGUCAUGGUCAGCACAAUGCGCACGGACAGCAUGCGCACGGUCACAGCGGCGCCGGGCAUGUGCCCAUCACAGACGCCCAGGUGGCCCAGGUGCAUCUGCACAAGCAGGGCCACCGGCCACUCGGACGCACCCAAUCGGCGCCGCUGCCCCUGGGCCAUCCGAUGCUCACCGGCGCCGGCCAGCUGAAUGUGGUGCAAACGCACUACGAGAAUAGCGAGGCGGAACGGCAGGCCUACGAGCACCAGGUGCUCACCCAGAAGCUGCGCCAGAAGGUGCUGACGCGAAGCGAUGCCGCCGCCGCCGCCGCAGCCGCUGCGGCGAUACGCGAGCCGCAGCUUAGGGAGGAGGAGGACGAUGAUUCCGCCGCCGAGGUCAUGGAUCUCACCGACAAAAAGAAGCCGCCCAAGACGGUGCUCACGAGCACAAUUGCGACCAGCACCUCACAGAACUUGCCGGAGGCGCUCGCUGCAGCUACCUACCGUGCGGCGGCCAAGUCGAGCAAGUUGCGGGAUCAGGAGUAUUUGCAGCAGCAGCGCGAGCUGCUCUUUCUGCAGGAGGAGGAGCUGGCCAAGGGCCUAAUGCGUCCGCUGUCGCGCACUCUGAGCAGCCCCCUGGUGCCGGGCCAUGGCCUCAGCCAGAUACCCGACACGGGCCAGCAUCCGACGCCCAUUGUCACCUCCUCAUCGGCCGAUCAUAUACCGCCCGUCAAUCUGACGCUGCCCCACAAGCGGCAGCUCCUUGGCAGCGUCUAUGCCGCCCAGCUGCGUCAGCAGCAGCAACAGCUGGUGGAGAGCUCGGGACUGACGCACAAGAAGAUCACGACGGGCCUCGCAUACGAUCCGCUGAUGCUGAAGCAUGCCUGCAUUUGCGGCGACAAUGCGCCGCAUCCGGAGCACAGCGGCCGGCUGCAGAGCGUCUGGGCGCGUCUCAAUGAAACGGAUCUGGUCAAGCGCUGCGAUCGACUGCGCGCCCGCAAGGCCACACAGGAGGAGCUGCAGACGGUGCAUACGGAGGCGCACGCCAUGCUCUUUGGCUCCAAUCAGGGCCAGCUGACACGACCCAAGCUCGAGAGCACACUCUCCGCCAGCUUUGUGCGCCUCUCCUGCGGCGGGCUAGGCGUCGAUCUGGAUACCACCUGGAACGAGCAUCAUACGGCAAUUGCCGCCCGCAUGGCCGCCGGCUGUGUCAUUGAUUUGGCCUUCAAGACGGCCAAAGGUGAUCUGCGCAACGGUUUCGCCGUCGUCCGUCCGCCCGGCCAUCAUGCGGAGGCCAAUCUGGCCAUGGGCUUCUGUUUCUUCAACUCGAUUGCCAUCGCAGCCAAGCUGCUGCGCCAGCGCGUGCCCGAAAUGAAGCGCAUUCUCAUCGUGGAUUGGGAUGUGCAUCAUGGCAAUGGCACACAGCAAGCAUUCUACCAAAGUCCCGACAUUCUAUAUCUUUCCAUACAUCGACACGAUGACGGUAACUUCUUUCCCGGCACAGGUGGCCCCACAGAGUGCGGCGCCGGUGCUGGGCUCGGCUAUAAUGUGAACAUCUCCUGGUCGGGCGCACUGAAUCCACCGCUGGGCGAUGCCGAGUAUAUCGCUGCAUUCCGUACCGUUGUGAUGCCCAUCGCCAAGUGCUUUAAUCCGGAUAUUGUGCUGGUCUCGUCGGGCUUCGAUGCGGCCACCGGCCAUCCGGCGCCCCUCGGCGGCUACCAUGUCUCGCCCGCCUGCUUUGGCCUGAUGACGCGCGAACUGCUCCAGCUGGCCAACGGCAAGGUUGUUCUCGCUCUCGAGGGCGGCUACGAUCUGGCGGCCAUCUGUGAUUCGGCGCAAGAGUGUGUUCGCGCCCUGCUUGGCGAUCCGGCGGCCCCGAUCCUGCCAAGCGAACUGGAGCGACCGCCCUGCCAGAAUGCCAUCAACACGCUGCAGAAGACCAUUGCCAUACAGCAAACGCAUUGGCCCUGCGUGCGACUCCUGGAGCACACGGUCGGCCUGUCCGCGCUAGAGGCACUCAAGGUGGAGCACGAAGAAUCUGAAACGGUAAAUGCCAUGGCCGGCCUCUCCAUGCAGUCGCUGCACAGAACGCUUUCGCGUGACGAUUCCGAGGAGCCCAUGGAUCAGGAUGAAACCAAAUAGACGUCCGCGUCGCCGUCGCCGUCGCCUGCUCAACGCACUCUAGUUAUUGUUGUAGUUAAAAAUGUUGUUGUUUAUUGUUGUUGAUGUCAUUUGUUGUCGUCGUUGUCGUUGUUGUUGUUGUUGUCGUCACGCAAACGUUUGUCAGUUGCUCGUCUCUCGCUUGACACUCUCUAUAUAUGUCGCUCUAUCACAAUCUAACUGUUUUUUAUACUCUUAUACACACACACAGAUACACACACACACACACACACACACACAGAUACACACACACACACUCACACUCACAUACGCAUACACGCUGAACAAGCCAAGCUAGCCGCCUCAACAAGCACACACACACACGCACGCAGAGAGAGAGAGAGAGAGAGAGAGAGAGAGAGAGAGAGAG